GUGCUCGUCAUGAAACCGAAGCUGGACACUCGCUUCGGGGUCGGCCUCGUGACGAGCCGUGCUGGAUUGGAGCGUGAGGCUGACGUGCUCCUUACCGGGGAGUCGGCCUUCUCUUCGGAGCAGUUCCUGGGAGUGAGCUGCGUGCUCGUGGACGAGGCGCAAUUUUUGGAGCCUUGCGUGGUGGAGCGGCUUCGACAGGUUGCGACGACCCAAGGCGUGCCGGUCAUGUGCUUCGGCCUUCGAACGGACUUCCGCUCCCGUCUGUUUCCCGGCUCCCAACGACUGAUGGAGCUGGCAGACUCCAUCGAAGAGGUCAAGACGACCUGCACCUACUGCAGCAGGAAAGCCAUCAUGAACCUGAAAAGCGUCGAUGGCAAGGCUACCUUGACAGGGCCCACCGUUUGCCUCGGAGCCGAAGAGCUUUAUGUGCCCGCGUGCUAUCAGCACUUCUGCGAAAAGAUUAUCGCGGCCACGGGUAGAGACAUCGACUUCGACGCGAACUGGCUGGCAGGACUGCAGCAACCCUGA